UGUCCAUGGUUUGUCCAUCAUUGUGACUCUUAUAAGCCUGGUUGUAGAUACAAUACAAUGAGUAAUGAGAUUCAAAAUAUACGGAACGACCAAGCUUAUGAAAACUUUGAGAGUCUUCAGCCUGACAUAGUUUUCAACAUAGAAGGAAAACAAUUUAAAUUCAACAUAGAACUUACUGAUACAAUCCUUCAUUUCUUGACAACCAAUAACCAACUUGAGAGCAGUUCCGAAAUCGUUCAGUUGAUCAAUAUCUCCUCCUGAUACUUUGCACGAGUUCCUAGACACUGUCCUCGUUUCUAAUUUCCAAGAACAGCUAUUUGAUGUCAAGCUUAUGCUUGAGCUCUGGGACGCUGCCAGAGUCCUUCAGAUUCCUAGCUUAGUUCAGAAAACUGAGUUUUUUGUCGGCCAGAUGGUAUCUAGCGAUAGUUUUGAGACAGUGUACACGAAAGCCAGACAAUACCGAUCUCAUGGCGUCAUCUGCAACGUCAAAAGUUUUUUGCUUGGAAUGUUUGAGGAUGUCUACUAUAGUGGUCAGCUACGCAUAUUAACCUACGAAGAAUUGUAUUUUUUGGUCAAGAGCGAUCAGCUUCGUGUGGAAAAUGAAGACAUCGUCUUACGGUCCAUUUUCCAAUGGGUUGAACAUUUCGAAAUGAAAGUCCGCACCGAGGAAGCUGGGCAGGGCGAUCUGGAAGACUCUUCUCCGUACGGACACGGUCUGUGCAGUAACAUUUCCAAUCUGGCACUUCCUGAAGAGGCAACGUCCAAGCUCGCUAGCCUGUUACGCGCCUCAAGAUAUGGUUUGGCCAGCUUGGAAUGCCUUAAUAAUCUUUCUAAACAUCCUUUGUGUCAGAACGACAGAGAAGCAACGUUAGUCAUUACAGAUGCCAUAACCUAUAAGCAAGACAAUAGCACGCAUGGAUACAGACCUCCUUAUGCUAUUCAAAGAGCCCUUGAUCAUCCGGAUAUCCAUCAUGUUGGUGCAUUGGCUGAAAUAAAUCAAGUCAGUAUAAUGAUUCUUCAAUAUAACCAUUGGUUUAAACUUCCCAUAUGUCCACUCCAUGCAAUAAUAACCAAUCUAUUUGUUUUUGAUGAUCAGCUUUACGUUACAAGCAAAUCAAACCACGAAAGUCUAAUCUUUGUUUAUAAUAAUAAAGAGUGGAAAUUCGUUAUAGAUCUUCCUAAUAACGACUUCAUCGUUGUCGCUAAAGGAAGUUGUAUUUAUCUAAUAGACGGCACAAGCAGCAGCGUGAAUUGUGUGUCGCCGAGAGAGACCCCAGUUCUUCACAGCGAGAUCAAGUUCCCUGACAUGAUGAGAAAUCCAGAAAGUGCUUUAGACUUUGACAAAAGUAUCUUGAUUUUCUGUUCCACUGACUCUGUUGAAAGGUCGACAGUGAUUUCUUUAGAAGUGCCUCAACAUAAAUGGACUGACUGUGGACAUCUAAAAGGUUCAUCUAAAAAUUUGGUUGGUUUCAGAAAUGAAAAUAAUUACUUCAUCUUACAAAGAGAUGGAUCAUUAAGUCAAGUGCUGAGAAAUGAAGUAGACAGCAGAAUAAAUAUAAUAUUGAUUAAACGUCUGUGGUCUAUUCAGAAUUCACUUCGAGGUGCCUUCAUCCACAAGGAUUAUCUUUUCCUAUUCGGAAAUGCUCCAAUCAAGAGCUCAUGUCUUCGCGGAGUAUCAGGCCUGUUUUGGAACAUCGAGUAUUGGUAUAGAUCAGAAGACACGAGCAACUUUGUCCAGAUGUGUAUGCACGAAGAUAAUAUUUGGUGGAACAGAUGGGCCACGUUCUCCGAUGAUGAUUAAUGUGUUUGUUAUACAUCUAUCCACUUUAUUUAAAUGUAUUGUGUAUGUGUGUCCGAGAGAGUGUUUUUGUGAGGGUGGAGACAACGGCGUCACUAGGGCCGGUGUCACCUGGUGCGGUUAGCUCAGGAUGUCACCCCCUCUCCCCCCUAUUCAGCAAUCUCCACCCCACCCCCACCCCUUUUUUUUUUGUACAAAAAAACAACAACAACUAAUGUUGUUUGUUCUUUUUGUUGAGCUAAAACACAGAGUUAAUUACCAACACUCAAUGCAUGUUUCUGACAAGUGUAAAAGGAUAGCCGGUUUGUGUACAUAGAAUAUAAUGAAAAUAUUUAUAUCUAAUUCCGUGUAUUAAACACACAGUAACUGGGUAUCUGGGUAACUAGCUUUAGUGAAUUAUUUAUUUUUAAGUUGCCUGCUUUUUUUAUAUAAAAAAGUGUUUUUUUUAUUUGGGUGUCAUCCCCUGAUGGGUGUCACCCGGUGCGGACCAUUCCCCUGCACCUCCCUAGUGAUGCCACUGGGUAGGGUAUGAGCUUAACUUUAGACGUCAGCCUACCUAUAAGUAGAUAAUUACAAAAAAAACACAAUAAUUUGUUGAGCAGCUUUCCUUUUGUUUUAUUACACAAUUUUUGUCCACCUAAUAAUGUUCUAUCGGCCUUUCUUUGUCUUGAAAGUUCCAUCUGGAUCUCUUACCCCGUAGUGUGACUGAGCUUUUAGCUGUUCCUAUCAAUAAUUUUUAUACUGUUAUUAUCGUUGAUAUUGUCCCUACACUAGUGAAACAUGCUUAACUGGAUUUAAUCUCCUUUGGCAGACGUCUAGGUGGGAGGAAUUUUAAUUGGUAGAAGAAUUGUCUGAUUCCAUCGGACGCUUGGCAAAAACAAAUCAAGCUAAAUUACAAUGAAACCAAGAUAAUAAACCUUUUUUACAAAGCUUAUGCAAACUUAAUCUGUCUGUCUGUCUGGGUAGAUUCUAUUACACGUUUGUUCUCUCCCUUUCCAUUUCUCAGAUCAUGUUGAAAUUUCGCAAUAUUGAAAAUUUCAACAAUUAGUUAAUAAAUUAGAGGUAAUUAAUUAAUCUUGUUUUACAUAGAAAAAGAGGAGACAAAGCAGUAUUUCGAGAUAUGUCAGUAAAUGUGUGGUGCUUUCCCUUAUUUAAGCUUUUUGUUUAUAAAAAAAAAAAGAAUAUUGUUUUUUAUUUUUUACUUUUUGUUCUCAUUUUAACCCUCGAUCUGACCCUUGAUCUGGCCAGUGGCGUAGCAACAAUGCCAGGGAGGGAUCCAUUGCUCCCGUGCCCAUAACUAUUACUUUUAUAUAUUUGUGUGGUAGUAAAUGUAAUGAUACCUACAAGAUGACUCGAUUUGGUCAUUGGUCAAACUACUGGAGGAGGCUCAUAGCCCUAUUCUUAAACCUGAGUGUACAGGUACAUAACUAGGACACUAUUUAGGGCCCACCAUUCAUGCUUUUCAUUUUGAUUGUAAAUAACAAAGAAGAUGGACCCCUUCGAGCAAAGCCAAUGCAACAAUGAAGUCUUAAAGAAUGUUAUGAAACAUAGAAAUAAAAGAAGAAAAUAUCAAAGUGUGGGCAUGAAAUUAGUUUCGCUACUUACAGGACAUGGGGUAUGUUGGCCGUGGGGCCUCCAGUUCGAAUCCCGGUAUAGACUGGGUUCAUAAACAAACUAUAGUGGGUUCCCAGCUUACAUUUGGGAAGUUAAUACGGUUGGUUGUUGUGCUGUUAAACCAUCGGCCAUAGUAACGAACUUUACAUCUACCCCCCCCCAGUGGUGUAGCUAGGGUGUUGGAGGGGGAUCUAAAUUUGAAAAUCCCAUCGGGCCUCCACUUGAUAAAAGCUUCCAAAUGAGUGUCCCAAUUUUUUUAUUUUACAUUAAAUAUGAAUCCAGUGUCAUGUUUUCUUGCUAUUUAUGUUGUUUUGAAAAUGUGUGACCAUGCUGCAUGAAUGCAUGAGGCCACCCCCCCCCCCCGCGAUCCCAGAUCCCUUGCUACGCCACUGUCUAUGCCAAUAGAUAGCAAGGUCUGAAAGGAGUUAUACUUGGGGUACAUUCGCAGUUAACAAUAUGACUAGAGAAGAAAAUUUAAAUAGCAUUUUUAAUACACAGUUUUUAUGUUUUUAUUCAUAUUGUUAAGUACCAAAUGAUAAUUACUUCAAGUUCAAUGAAAGAUUAACACGAUAAACAUUUCUAUUAGCGGCAGAUUGUCAGCGUAAUAUGAAAUACUCCGAAAUUCUAUCUGUGGUUAAGACGCGAAGUGCUCCAAAUAAUAGAACCGCAACUUUGCGUUAUAAAGUAGAGACAUCAUUGAUAGGUUGUUUUUUUUUUAGUAAUUACAAUGUAGAGAAUAAAGAAUAUAUA